ACAGGUCACCUGACUUUCUCCGGUUGCUGUGAUGUUGCGGUGGCGUUUCAACAACAGUGAGGCAUGGGUUACGACAGGUAGAUUAUAGCCGGACAUUUUCCAAAUCACAUAUUACUGAUUAGAAAGAAUAUCUGUCUUAAUCAUGGGACAGUGUGGAAUCACCUCAUCGAAGACGGUGCUGGUCUUCCUCAAUCUUAUAUUUUGGGCUGCUGCUGGAAUUCUGUGCUAUAUUGGGGCCUAUGUGUUUAUCACAUACGAUGACUACGACCACUUCUUUGAGGAUGUGUAUACCCUUAUUCCGGCUGUGGUUAUAAUUGCAGUUGGAGCUCUCCUGUUCAUCAUCGGCCUUAUAGGUUGCUGUGCCACCGUACGAGAGAGUCGCUGUGGGCUAGCUACGUUUGUUAUCAUUCUCAUGUUGGUGUUUGUGACAGAAGUGGCUGUGGUGGUGCUUGGUUAUAUUUACAGAGCAAAGGUUGAAGAUGAAGUCAAUACCUCCAUCAAGAAGGUAUAUAGUGAAUACAAUGGUACAAACUCUGAUGCCCCAAGUCGUGCAAUUGACUAUGUGCAAAGACAGCUCCACUGCUGUGGGAUUCACAUUUACUCAGAUUGGAGGGAUACACGCUGGUUCAAUGAGUCCAGAAACAACAGUGUGCCAGUGAGCUGCUGUCAACCUAACAUCAAGAACUGCACAGGCUCCCUCACACGUCCCGUGGAUCUUUACCAGGAGGGAUGUGAAGCCCUGGUUACGGACAAAUUGAAGGAGAUCAUGAUGUAUGUCAUCUUGGCUGCAUUGAUGUUUGCUGCCAUUCAGAUGCUGGGGAUGCUCUGUUCAUGUGUGGUCCUGUGUCGUAGGGGCCGUGAUCCCGUCUAUGAACUGCUCAUUACGGGGGCGACCUAUGCAUAAAAAAGACACAUCUUGUUUUCUUCAUAUACACAACUGCAACUCCAAACCAUGUUGGGGGAGGGGGAAGAUAGCAUGUUAUCUACUGUAACAUGCUUUCAUUAUAUAUUGAGAAGCUGCUUACACAGCUCAUACUGUGUAAGAAGCCAUUGGUACACUAAUGGUGAGUGAAAACGGAAUAAUGUAUUUACAAGCUUAAUAAGUUGCUGUUGUUUUUCUAAAAGCUCUUGGUCAAUUUCUUUGAGGGUCAAAAAUAUUAGUUUCAUGUCAUUUUUCUCCAUAAAUAAGUGUUCCCUCAAGUUUGUGGUGGGGGGGGGGUGAUCAUGAUGGUAUUCUUGCAUUUCUCAUGUAUGUAUUAUAUCCAUGGCUUUGCAGUUAUUUGCACUCAAAACCUAUAUGUAUUCUAUAACAGAGUAUGUGUGAAAAGUUGCCCUAUACUCCCCAAACUUCUUUAUAUCCGUUACCCUUAACUAGCAAUGUCUCUAUUAAGAAACAGUGGAACACACAUCAGUCUAAAUAAAGUCGUUGGCCUGUUAAGAACUUA